UGCACCCAGGGACAGUCGCAGUAGUUACGCUCUGGAAGGUCACACAAUGGCAGCACCAAAGAAAGUCUGCAUUAUCGGGUCUGGUAACUGGGGCUCUGCCAUUGCCAAAAUUGUGGGCGCAAACGCAGCAAAAAACCCCAAGUUUGAAAAAACAGUGAACAUGUGGGUGUUUGAGGAGAUGGUGAAUGGACGCAAACUCACAGAGAUCAUAAACACUGAGCAUGAGAAUGUCAAGUACCUGCCAGGACAUAAGCUGCCCCCCAAUGUGUUGGCUGUUCCAGAGCUGGUGGAUGCUGUGAAAGGAGCGGACAUCCUGAUAUUUGUCGUCCCACAUCAGUUCAUUUCAAGAGUGUGUGACACCAUUAAGGACCACAUCAAGAAGGAUACUGUGGGAAUGUCACUCAUCAAGGGUGUGGACGAAGGUCCUGACGGGCUGAAGCUGAUUUCUGAUGUUAUCCGAGAGAGGCUGGGCAUCACCAUGACUGUGCUGAUGGGAGCUAACAUUGCCAAUGAAGUGGCCGACGAAAAGUUCUGUGAAACCACCAUUGGUUGUAAGAGCAAAGAACAUGGCCCUCUGCUGAAGGAGUUGAUGCAGACCACUAACUUCCGUGUGACGGUGGUGGAAGAGUCGGACGUUGUGGAGAUCUGCGGCGCUCUUAAGAAUGUGGUGGCUGUGGGCGCAGGCUUCUGUGAUGGCCUCGGCUUUGGGGACAACACCAAGGCUGCAGUCAUCCGGCUGGGACUGAUGGAGAUGAUUGCCUUUGCACGGAUUUUCUGCACCUCUGGGCCUGUUUCUGCAACCACCUUUCUGGAAAGCUGCGGGGUCGCUGACCUCAUCACAACCUGCUAUGGUGGCCGCAACCGCAAAAUUGCAGAAGCUUUCGCCAAGACAGGGAAGACAAUUGAGGAACUGGAGAAGGAGAUGCUGAACGGUCAGAAACUGCAAGGUCCAGCAACUGCAGCUGAAGUCAACCACAUCCUUAAGCACAAAAAUAUGGUGAACAAGUUUCCUCUCUUCAAUGCAGUAUAUCAGAUCUGCUUCGAGAAACAUCCAGUCACAGAGUUCAUCACCUGUCUGCAGAACCACCCAGAACACUUGUAACCCACUUCCCGGGAUACUAAAGUGUAGGUGUAGGGGAACUAGUGCCAAGGUGGACGAGGAAAAUGGUUUUGAAGGACAGCUGCCAUCUUAACGUUCUAACUUCAAACCAAAUUUCAAUGCUUUUUGUAUAAGCAGGAAAUAUUUUUCGGCUUUGCUGAAGAAGUGUGGCAGCAUUCUUUCAUGUCACUCGUCUCCUUCAUUGUGGGUUUCAUUUUUGGAUACUGAUUGACUUACUAAAAAUGUCAUAAUACUUUAGAAGUCAGUUGUGGCAAUUUUUUUUUCAUAAUAUGAUAAUCCACUUUUUAAAUUUUCAUUGUUCUAUUUAAUUUCAUUUUACAGGACAAGCACAUUGAAAGUAAACACCUCUGUUGUCUUAAGUAUUGGUAAUCCCUUUUCUUAAGUGUAAGAAGAGUGAUACUUGAAUGUUUUGUGAAGGUUGUGUUUUACUCCCUUCGCCAUUCCUUUGGCCUGGCAAGCUUUGAAAAUGCAAGUGCCUUCAAGUGCCUUUUCACAUACUGGUUAAUCCUUGCAUACAGUUAUAUUUGCUCUGUUAAAUUUAGGAUUCUGUCAAAUAAAUGACUUAUCUUCACUGCCCAUCAUUGCCACAGUUACUGCCCAGGUUAUUUUCUCUCUUUGUUCAAUCUUGAAAUUUGGCAUGUGUGUACAUGGAAAAUGUUGUCAAUGUAUGAAAAAAAAAUGUAUUUCAACAUUAAAUCUAUUUAUUUAAACCCAAAA